GUACGCGGAAACCCGCCGACACCGCUUAUAGCCUCUGGGGAGAGAACGCCAUUGCCUUCUUCUUCUCCUUCCCCCAGUUCACCGCCCUCUCUCUCUUUCUCUCCGGAAACGAAAUCAAUCUCUAUUUCGCAGCAAACCCCCGAUUUCUUGAUCCCCUUCUUCUCUUUUUCUUUGGAUUGUUUGGGGCUUGAGGUGGAGCGGAGGAGGAGAGAUGAAUUUUAAGAACGCUAGGGUUCCGAAGCUCCCCAGCGCCGGCUCGGUGGGUACGUUCGUCAAGGUGGCGCUCCUUGGCGGCGCCGGCGUCUACGCCGCCCUCAACAGUUUCUACAACGUCGACGGUGGUCACCGCGCCAUCGUCUUUAAUCGGAUUUAUGGUAUCAAGGAAAAGGUUUAUCCAGAAGGGACACAUUUGAUCAUUCCCUGGUUUGAGAGACCUAUCAUAUAUGAUGUUCGUGCCCGUCCUCAUCUUGUAGAGAGCACUUCUGGUAGUUACGAUCUGCAAAUGGUAAAUCUUGGGCUUCGGGUUCUUACUCGACCAUUUCCAGACCGUUUGCCUACAAUAUACCGUACUCUUGGAGAGAAUUACAAUGAAAGGGUUCUCCCAUCAGUUAUUCAUGAAACUUUGAAAGCUGUUGUAGCGCGAUACAAUGCCAGCCAGCUGAUCACACAAAGAGAGGCUGUAAGUAGGGAAAUACGGAAGAUAUUGUCUGAGAGGGCUGCAAAUUUCAACAUUGUGUUGGAUGAUGUGUCUAUUACAGCCUUGAGCUUUGGGAAGGAGUUCACUCGUGCAAUUGAAGCUAAACAGGUGGCAGCACAGGAUGCUGAGCGGGCCAAGUUCGUUGUGGAAAAGGCUGAGCAAGAUAAGAGAAGUGCUAUUAUUAGAGCACAGGGUGAGGCCAAGAGUGCUGAGCUUAUAGGACAGGCAAUUGCAAGCAAUCCAGCAUUUGUGGCUUUAAGACAGAUUGAAGCUGCACGGGAGGUGGCACGGACAAUUGCAAAUUCUGCUAACCGUGUGUUCUUGAAUUCUGAUGAGCUGUUGUUGAACCUUCAGGAUUUGAAUGCGGAGGGAACAACCAGAUUGAAGAAAUGAACAAGGGAUGCCUUUUACCCUUCUGUAUGUGGUAAAAGAGUAACUUAGAAUGGUUGAAAGGACUGAUGAUAUUUCGGAUAAAUUGACGGGUUCCAAAAAAAUUGAUCAGUUCCCUUUUUUUCUACCAAAUAAAAGAUCGAACUAGAAGGAAAAUUUGCUGAAAAAUUAUCUGCCUCUAUUUGUUUGGCGGGUGCUAGAGCUUUUCCUUGAAAAAUAAAAAGUUACUUUAUUUUUCACUUUA